GACGCGCGAGAAAACGAGGCCGUGCGUUCUUUAGCCAUCGAUGUCCUGUUUAGUAGUAGUUGAAUCGUGACAACAGGCGUUUGUGAAGGGGCGAGCAGCAGAAGCAGAUGGGAUUGGUAGCGUGCGGCUCCUCUCUUGUGUCGUCCUUCCCUUCCCUCCGUCUCCGCGCUGUUCGAGCCUCCUUCUCCUCUUCGUCCUCCUUUGACCAUGUGUCUUUUGUCAAAGAAGUUGCCGCCUUUCGUCCACCUGAGCAUCUCCAGUGCUUGUUAAAUAUGCUUCAAGCAAGAGGGGAGACAAUUGUCGCUCCAAGUAAUCGAAGAGGGUUGAUUCCACUUGCAAUACCUCUAUCCGAAAAUGGUUCAGGUGCUCUGACUGCAUUGUUGAGAUGGCCUACGGCACCCCCAGAAAUGGAGAUGCCAGUUGUGGAAGUCCACAAGUAUGGUGUGCGUCUUUUAGCUAAAAGUGUGGACCAGUUUAUCCAUCGAAUCCUUGUAGAGGAAGAUGCUAAAGAUGAUCAUGAAUGUAAUUCUGAGCUUUUCAAUCUUUCAGCCAAAUCUGGUAUCGAACUCCACAAGAAGGGUGAUUUUGCAGAGUCACAGACUGGAAAUGUUGAUGCAUAUCUGUUAAAAAAGGUUGGCCUAUUUCCAGAUAUUUUGGAGCGGAAAGCAGCUGGUCAUUUGGAGAAAGGAGACCAAGUUUCUGCUCUGGUAACGGGAGAGUUCUAUACAAGGAAGGAGCAUUUUCCUGGAUUUGCUCGGCCUUUUGUCUUCUAUGCAGAGAUAUUGCUGAAGGUUGGGCGUGUUCUGGAAGCUAAAGAUGCAGCUAGAGUAGCUUUGAAGUCCCCUUGGUGGACACUCGGCGACAGAUAUGAGAAUGUUGCCAGCAUUGCACAAUGGGAAGAUGAACAGAUUGAGUACAUAAAGGAGAAGGUAUCAGAUGAAGGGAGGCAUGAAGAUCUGAAAAAAGGAAAGGCCCUUGAGCAGGUGGCACUGGACCAAGCCGCAUUUUUGUUGGAUUUAGCCUCUACUGAUGGCACAUGGCCCGAAAGUCAGGAGAAAAUAGCAAAGUGCUACGAGGAGGCUGGCCUUCAUGACAUAGCAAAAUUUGUGUCAUACUCUGGUUAAAUUUUGUUAAAGAGCACAGUUCGUCUAACAAUUUACUUUGAGGUAUUAUGUAAAUAGUGCCACUAGGUGAACCCUGCAUUUCUUGGCAGGUAAACUUUAGCUGCAGAGAGCAUUUUAUGUUUGGCCACUUUCAGAUGAAGCUUCCGAAACAUUUUGAUUUGGUGUAAUGUGGAAUAUCCCCGCUUCUGUUUUGCUUCU